AUGUCUUUACGCUUUACGCCGCCACGGAGGGUGGCCUCCUUAGCCCACCCACGAUCAUUCCGUCUCGAAUGCCCUGCCGCUCGCUGCAACAACACACGAUCUCCGCCAACAUGCGCUUUCUCAACAAAGCCAACAGACCGUCGCUCCAAGAUUCCCAACACGCAAGACUCUGCACCUAGCGAAAAGCCUGCGAAAGUGCGAAUAACUCCCACGACAUCGGAGCAAUCUGCCGUGCUUCAGCAACGAUUACAAGAAAAGUCAGCCAAUUUAGCCAGGAACAGAGAGGAGCAACUGCGAGAAGCGAGACAAAGACGACUGGACAGGAUCAGGGAAGAGAGGGGGAAAAGCAGGCAGGUGGAAGAAGAUAAAAAGAAGGAGUUGACGAAAGACGAGGAGGAAAAGAAAAAGAAGGAGGACUAUAAAAGGAGAUACAAACAGCUGGAGAGAAAUUGGCUCAAGUUUAUGGUCGGUAUGCCGAUUUUCCUGGUAACGAGUUAUGAUCUUUUCCAAAGACUGGUUAUGAAAAGAGAGCCCAAGGUUCCUCCAUGGAAGCAGGCCAAGAUUAAUAAGGAGAAGGAAGAGAGAGAGCAAGGGGAAAAGUUAGAGCAGCAUGGUGAGGAGCUCUUGAGGGACUGA